CGCGGCGCGGGCAGUGCUGGGCGCUCCCGGGGCUGCCCCGUCCGUCGCUUCCGCGCCGCACUUCUGCUCAGUUGUCAUAAGUUUUAAAAGCAAAAACCGCGCAUACCCACUUUUAAAUUUUUUAAACUUUUUUGUUUUCGUUUUUGUUUCUUCCGGCUCCGAGGCUCGCCGCGGCGGGAGCGCGAUGUGGAGGACGGCGCUGGUGGCCGCCGUGUGCCUGGGGCUGCGCUGGGUGCCGGCGCUCGGCGCUGGUGAAAACAAUUUUGAGGGAAUUGAGAGCAAGUUUUCUUUACGGACGCCUGCAGAGCCCGAUGAAGAUGUGUGCUACCUGGUUCCUGGGCAGGUGGACAGCCUGGCACAGUGCAACUUCAAUCAUACCAGUAAAACCUUUGUGGUGAUCCACGGAUGGACGGUGACAGGGAUGUAUGAAAGUUGGGUCCCGAAGCUGGUGGAUGCUCUGUACAAGAGGGAGCCUGACUCAAACGUCAUUGUGGUGGACUGGCUAGUUCGAGCUCAGCAGCACUAUCCGGUGUCUGCCGGGUACACCAGGCUGGUGGGAAGGGAUGUUGCUACCUUUAUUGACUGGAUGGAGGAGCAGUUCAAUUAUCCUCUCAACAAACUCCACUUGCUGGGGUACAGUCUAGGUGCCCAUGCUGCUGGUAUUGCUGGGAACCUGACCAAAAAGAAGGUGAACAGAAUUACUGGGCUGGAUCCUGCUGGUCCUACCUUUGAGUAUGCUGACGAACUCACCCGCCUCUCCCCGGACGACGCUGAGUUUGUGGAUGUCCUGCACACCUACACCCGAGGCUCUCCAGACCGCAGCAUUGGGAUCCAGAAACCUGUUGGACACAUUGAUAUUUAUCCCAACGGUGGAGGUUUCCAGCCAGGCUGCAAUUUUGGGGAAGCACUGCGUCUGAUUGCUGAGAAAGGGCUUGGAGAUGUGGACCAGCUGGUGAAGUGCUCCCAUGAACGAUCCAUCCACCUCUUCAUUGACUCUCUCCUGAAUGAAGAAAAGCCCAGCAUGGCCUACCGCUGCAACACAAAGGAGGCCUUCGAGAAGGGUCUCUGCCUGAGCUGCCGCAAGAACCGCUGCAACAAUCUGGGCUACAAGGUCAACAGAGUGAGAACAAAGAGGAACACCAAAAUGUACCUGAAAACCCGAGCUCAGAUGCCCUAUAAAGUCUUUCAUUACCAGGUCAAGAUCCAUUUCUUUGGAAAGACUAACAUGACCAAGACAAACCAGCCAUUCCUGAUAUCUCUCUAUGGUACUCUAGAUGAGAGUCAGAACAUUGGUUUCACACUGCCUGAAGUCUCCUCAAACAAGACCUUCUCCUUCCUGAUUUACACAGAAGUAGAUAUUGGAGACCUGCUUAUGCUGAAGCUGCAGUGGGAAAAAGACACCUUCUUCAGCUGGUUAGACUGGUGGACUCCUUUGACAUUUGACAUCCAGAGAAUCAGAGUGAAGUCAGGAGAAACUCAGAAAAAAGUGGUGUUCUGUUCUCGAGAUGGCACCUCACGUCUCGGCAAGGGAGAAGAGGCAGCAAUAUUUGUGAAAUGCUCGGAGCAGCCCACCAACAGGAAGAGAGGAGGUUCCAAGAAAGCCUCGAAAGAAAAUUCUGCUCAUGAAUCUGCUUAAGUGACAAGAACAAAGAUUUUUCACACUGGGGAGGAGAAAAGUCUGUUCAUCCCUGUGGACUGGAUGUUCAGAACCAAAUAUAUAGAAAUAUUUAUCCGCUGCUGGAUUUUUGCCUGCUAUUCCUAGCUAUUUCAGAGACUUCUUGUAAAAAAGUCUCAGCAUAUGAAGUUACUAACCAUAAAGAUUCAUUAUCCAAAUAGUUAAAAGCAAAAAGAAAUCUGCAAAACAACUUGCCAAAAGUUUGGAGUGUUGAAAAGAUAUAGGUAAUUUUGCUUAAUCAUGGUGCCUUGUGACAAGGUUUCUUGACAUCAGAUGCUACAUAGCAAUUUUUUAAUAUUUAUUGAAAAGAAGCAAAGCCCUGUACUUGGUUUUAUUUUUUGUUGUUGUUUCUGUUUUGUUUGGUUUUGGGUGUUUUUUUGGUUAGUUGGUUUUUUGUUCUUUUCGGGAGUCAUUUGAAACUAGACGGAUUUUGUUUCUGUCUUGGCUAACUAAAUUUUCAGGCAGUUCAGUGGAGAGAGUUCAUAGUUUUCAAAUGUGUGUUUAGCAAAUAAGUAGGUUUCCCGUGUGAAAAAAACCCCCACCUUUGCUGUGUGUAAUUCUAGAAAGUGUCAGGGACUGACUUAAUAUGGGGAUGAAUUUUUUAGUUUGUGGUUAUGAAUGUAUUUAAUUGAGGGUAGAUGCCAGUGCUGCUUAGCAAUAAGUAUGAUCUGUUAAGCUAUAUACUUCUAUGCUGUUUACCCUGGAAUAAAUAACAGCUGUGGGAGAAGGUAGCAAUGCCAGUGUCUUAUGCAGACAUUUAGUAUUUUAUCUAUGCUUUCAGUUAUAGCAAAUGAAACUGUCUAGCCUUCAACACUGUGAAAAUGGAACUGCAGAGGAACUGAGCUACCAGAAAAUGCAGGAAAUAGAUAUUUCCCCCACCCUCCACCCUCUCCCUGCUUGCUUGCGUCAUGUAUGCCAAAACUGUCACAGUUUCUCUGCUCUUUGACAUCAAGUGUCAGUCAUGCAGCUGAGUGCCUGCUGUACACAGCUUUCAGUGCAAGUGAAUCCACUUGAUAGCUGACAAGGAUGCACACACUUCCCUGUACUGGAAUUGUGACUGCCAGUGGUCCACCUCAGUUUGUUUCUUGGCCGUGGUACAGUGCUAGGAGCUGCUUAGUUUUCUGCCAUGAGAAGGAAUUCAGCAGGAAGCAGGAGCUGAGCCAGUUAAAAGCAGCCUGGUUGUGUGCUACACAAGAAGGAGUGCUCUGAAAAACACUCAGAUUAGCCAUGCUUCAAGUUUAAAAAAAA